GUCGAAGAUUCCUCGAGUAUGCAUAUUCGCCGACCCCAGAUUGUGAUCUCUUGCGAUUCUGCGGUGAAAUCAUUGUUUCUUUUGGUACCACCAGUCUUCAGCUAACUGUGCUUGUGGGUGCAUUUCUCGGUAUCGUCCAUAGACUUUAUUAAGUUUUCUCAUCGUUAGUGCCUAGGAAUCAGAAUCAUGCGUUGGAUCCAUCUAAUAGUAAUCGCUGCAACCAUCUUCGGCGUUCUAUCAGAGGAAGCAGUUGAAGAAACUAACGAUGUAUCAUCUCUUUCAUCCAAAAUCAACCUCGACUCAAAUCUCAGAAGAGCUCUCUUGAAAGCUUUAACAGAGCUUGAAAAUGAAGAAAGUCACAAAGCUCAAUUUUCAUUAGAUGAUGAUACUAGAGAAAAAAUAGUAGAAAAAGCAUCAGCUGCGUCGGUCUCAAUAUUUUCCAAUGGAGAAAGCGUCACUAUAGCACCAGUUUCUACUAGUACCAUUAGUACUAGCACUACAACAGAACAGGUUACAGUGCUAUUUCAAAAAAGCGAAAGUCAUCAACAACCAUCAAUUACUACUAUUGAAAAAGCUGAUGAGAAUGAAAGUAUUCAAACUAGCGCUAGCAGCAAUUUCGCCAACCAACCUUUCGGUAAAGAGAGUCAAGAUGAAAAAGGUGAAAAAAGUACCAACCAAAAUUCAAUCUACAACAACGAUAAAUAUAUAACUAAAUCGCAAAAAAUAACAACUCCAGCACCUAGAGUGACGACACAAGAAAACGAAGCAAAAGUGGAAAACAUUCAAUUCUUCUCAGCCCCGCUAGUAGCAGCUUUUACAGUCCACCAAGACGAAGCGGGCCUACCAAAAAAAGUAGAACCAAUAUUCAAAACGCACAUCCCGACUAAAACCCAAGAAGACAUCAUUAUAGAAAAAGAACAACAAAUUAAACAAGCGAAACAACAAGAACAAGUCCAAUUGCGCCAACAGCAACAAGAGAAGAUUCGGUUGGAGGAUUUGAAGCGACAGCAAGAGAAAUUGCAACUGCAGGAAAAAUUGCAAUUGCAGCAGAAGCAAAAAGCUUUGGAAGAAGAGAUAUACAGGUUGAAUUUAAGUUUGAGGCAGCAACACCAGAUUUUCUUGAAGCAACAAGAGGAAUUACGAGUUAGAAACAAUGUUCAAUCUUUCAUACCUAUUACCAAUCCAGACAGACCAAGUUUGAACCAACAGCAGCAACUUCCUUUCAAUAACCAACAACAGCAAGGUUUUAAAACUCAAAAUUCUCAAACGACAGAUAGGCCAAUUUUAAACCAACUACAGGCAGUUCCAUUCAAUAACCAACAACAGUCUUUUAAACCUCAAAAUGUCCAAUUUAAUCCUUUGGUAGAAGCUGGAAAAUUACCAAUAAACGCUCAAUUUCUUCCUGUUAAAGGACCUGUGGAUUUCCGAGUACCAUUUGCUCUUAACAACAAUUUUAACGGUCAAACCAACCCAAACAACUUUAAUCAGCAAUCCAAUUUCAAUCUGAACCAACAGAAUCAGAGCAAUUUCAGAGUACCAUUUGCUCUUAACAACAAUUUUAACGGUCAAACUAACUCAAAUAACUUCAAUCAGCAAUCUAAUUCCAAUGUAAAUCAACAGAAUCAGAGCAAUAGAGUUUUUAGACAAAACGUUGGUGUAGGAAAUUUUGGUUUUAACGAUUUCAAUAGAAAUAAUAAUUUUAAUAGAAACACCAACAGUUUUUCAAUUCAACCAGCUAUAAGUCUAGAUACGUUUGGAUCUCAAGCUCAGAAUAAUCGAUUUUUCAGAUCUAACUUGGAGUCUUCACUUACAGCUCCUCAGCCACCACAGACAUCAUUCUUGCAGCCACCAGCGCAGCAACAACAAGUGCAGAAUACAAGGUUCUUUCGGUCCAACUUAGAAGGGUCCUUUUCGUCACCGAAUAAUAAUGGGCACAAUAAUUUCCAGUUGGGCAACUUGUUGUACAACUCUGGAGCCUUUAGAGGGAAAUCUUCUGAGGAUCUGAGCUUAAUCACCAAGGUUUUGGGAUUGAAUCAUUAUCAAGGUGGAAACGGAAUAUCGCUGAGACCCGAGCUGAGGCAGCAAUUACCAAGAAAUUUUUGAAUGAGAUGAUGGAGGUCUGGAAAUAUUUAUUUAUUAUGUAGUGCAGUUUAGUCAUAAUUUGUUAAGUCAUUUAAUUUAGGUCUGCCAUCUUUGGACUAUGUUUGUGUUCCCGUGCCAAAAAUAGUCUGUUUCGACUUUGAGAUGAUUGUACAGUAAUUGUACGAAAAAAAUAGAAUUUGACUUUUUGAAGAAAAUAUACAAUACUAGCCAAACGUCACCUCCCGCCUGUGUUUUUUUUGAAUGAUUAAACUUAAAUUACUGAAAUCCAAACAAAAUUAUGAUGGUUGAAUUGGUUUUUUAAAAACGAUGUGUCAAUUGCCAUAGGACCCCGUUUAAAAUGGUUCUUUGUCACACUGACAAUGUGGCGCCAACUAUAACGAUAACGUUAACAGCUUUAUAUCCAUUAAUUUUCACAUUCCAAAUUACAUUAAUUUAAGUAUAACUGUUUAAAAUAUACAGGAGGGGAGGGAACUUUUCGCUAGCACUGUAUACAUAUUUAAUUAUCAUUUGGAUCAGUUUGGUUUUAUUUAAAAUAAUUUAUUGGUCGUAUCUAAGAAACUAUGUUGUGUUUUUUGAAAAAUAUUUCCUUAUAGUAUAAGAUAUUUAAUGAUUUCACAGUUCUUUAUUGUUUUUUAUCAUUCCUUUAAAAUUUUUACCAUUUUCUUUGCAAUCCUUUACUAUUUUUUUAAAUUUUUAUAGAUAUUAUAUGAUUAAUUAUUGUGUUUUGGUAAUUAUCAUAUCUUUUUACCAAUUUUACUAUAAUUGUUAAAAAUUUUUUACAUAAAAAUGUUGUUUUGUAGUUUAUUUUUUAGAUUUUGCCAAUUUUUUAAGUUUGUACGUAGUUUAGACAUCCUUACCAAUAUUUAAAAUUAACAAAUUGGCAUUUUUACUAUUUUGAGAUUGAACAUUUUCUUACCGUUUUUAUUUACAGUCAAAUACCACUAUUGUAGAGAGUGACUCACAUUUUUAACAUAGACCUUUGUGGGUCUGAGGGGAUAGGAAAUCGACGAGUCAUAGGCGUGCGGUUAUUAUUAACAAUGAUCUUCCGCAUUUUAGAACGAAUUGGUUGUCACAAAAAGGUUUUUCCUAUUUUAAAGUUGCACAAGGUGAGGAAAACCGGCAAUAAUAAUUAUCGAAUAAGUAUAUACAGUGAGCACCAUAAGUCUUACCCCCCCUAUCUAACUCAUUACUGGAGUCUUGUUAGUAAAAUUGCCGAGACAGGUCGAUUUUUGAUUUCUACAACGUAUAUUUUUGUAUGAUUAGUUUACCCUUAAUUUCAUCCCUUACUGGAGGGGAGCAACCUUUUUGAAAAAUUUAAAUGGCAUGGGGUGGUGAGUGAUAGCUCAUUUGAAAGGGGGUUUUAUUCUCUAUUCAACCGUGCAAAAAAUUUUAAAUUUGCUUCAUUACGUGUUGAUUUAUUGAUGUUUAAAAAUAACAAAACCUCACAAAAUAGGAAAGCAACUAAACUAACAGUGACCUUCUAAUGGCAAAAAGUCUUACUUCACGUCUGAACCAAAACCGAAAUCAUGCAGGGCCGAAUUUUAAUUCUAAGGAUGAGUGCGCUACGUUAAUUUCCAUUAUUCUGAAACAACAAUUAGUCGAGAAUUAUUGAAGCAAAUUUCAAAAUUUUUUUACACGGUUGAAUAGAAAAUAAAACUCUCUUUCAAAUGAGCUAUCAAUCACCACCCCAUGCCAUUUAAAUUUUUCAAAAGGGUUGCUCCCCUCCAGUAAGGGAUGAAAUUAAGGGUAAACUAUUCAUACAAAAUUGUACAUUGUAGAAAACAAAAAUCGACGUGUCUCGGCGAUUUUCCUAACAAGACUUCAGUAAUGAGCUAGAUAGGGGGGUAAGACUUAUGGUGCUCACUGUAUAAAUUCAAAUGUAUAUACGAUCCCUGUCUCAGUGAAGUUGGCUUAACUGCCAAAACCAUGUUUUUUAAAGAAAUUUGCCAUAUUAACGAAAAACGUAUUAAAAACUGUAAUAUUUCUGAUAACAUAUGAUAUGUUUAUUCAAUUUUUUGGUGAUUUGUAACUGUUCUACACGCCUGCUGUGGUAUGGAGCGUUAUCUAUAACAAUAACAGAUCCUCGUUCGAUUUUUAAAAGAAUAUCUGAAAACAAUUCCUGUCUCUGCUGAUGAAAUCCCUAUCAGCGCGCCUAUGACACCGCUUCAACGAUAACAUCCAAGCAAGAUUCAAAUGCAUUGUUGCCAAUAACAUAGCUUUAAUCUGCGACGACAGUGUGGAUCUCGGACAUUAUCUACCGUUAGAUAAAGAUGCAAACUAAUCGCUUGGAAGACGUUUGAACAGUUUAAAAAUAGACCAGUCGAAUUAUUAAAAUUAUUUCAACAAAAUGAUAUCUGUUCUGGAGGUAAAUAAUAAACAAAUGAAUUAGUUAUUCAAAAAAUUAGCGAUCUUCUUAUUUUUUUUUUUAAAUUAUCUGAACGUAUAGUCUUUGAAGAGUGAGUAGAAGAAAAAGGUUUUAGUAGAAGAAGAAGGUUUUUAUAAAUUCGUUAGAGAUUAAAUAAAUUUUUUAAUACCCCACUAAUUUGUUUAUUAAUUAAUACUGAAUAUUUCUCCUUUUGUUGGUAUUCAAAAAAGCAACAACUAUUAAAAAUAACUUUUUUUGUACAGGGUAAACAUCUUAUUUGAUUGGCCUAUACAAUUUCUUUACAACAUGAGUCACUAUCUACAAUUGUGGUAUUCUACUAUAGGUUUUGACAGUUUUUUACAAGUUUCCAUAAAUCAGGUAUUACUUUUUAUAGAUUUUGACUAAUUUUUACAAAUUGUUCUUCAAUUUUACUAAUUUUAUUAUUUUUUGAGAGUUUUAACAUAUUUUUACAAAUAUUACUAUUUUUAACAGAUUUCUAUCAAUUUAAG